UAUGAAGCUCAUCACUCAUUUCAGAACGGGCGUUCCACGCAAAAUGCCGACUUUUUCACUUUAUUGAACCGCCAGCGCGGGCUGUCGGGCAGCCUGCGGGCACUACGGCAGCACCCAGGCCGGCAGUAGCCACCACCGAACGGCUGCGGUGCGAGGAGGAAACAUUAAUAUUAGGAAAUGGCAGAAGCAAUUUUCCGUCCCCCAAGAAGGAAAAGAAGAGUGUUUGAGUCGUAUGAAUCCCCCUUUCCCGUGGAUGUAGGUGGGAAGGAUUUCAGAAUAUGCCAGGCUGAAAUUAUGAACAACAAUGUUAUUGUGAGGAACCCCGAGGACAUAGAACAGCUCUAUAACAAGGGUUAUUUUGGAAAAGGUAUUCUUUCGAGAAGUCGACCAGCGUACAGCAUUUCCAAUCCUUUCCUGGUUUCCAAAUGGCAAGGUGCUAAUGUAAACAUGCCCAUAAUUACAUCAAAAAAGUACCAGUGUCGUGUUCAGUGGGCUAAAAGUAUUUUGCAAGAGCAAGGACUUGAUGACUGCUCCAUUACUGAAAUUCUUGAAAAUUACACUAAGCCUCUUGAGUUGCCACUUCUGGAAGAGGAGGGAGCUGAGCAAACUGGUGACAGUUGCAAAAGCACGGGCCCAAAUACAGAAAAUACAGAGCUUUCCAGACAUUCUUCUGCAGACACUGGAAGUGUAGUAGCUCUAAGUCCUGAGUGCCAUAAUGAAGGCCACCAGAAGGCCUGUUUGGAAAGAGGUCCAGUUUUGGAUCCUGUGGCUGCAUUUGGCCCUAAAGAACAGAAGACUGCUGACUUGAAAGAGACAGCUGAAGUGUCUUGCCAGAAGCAUGUUUUUUGCAUGCAUUGCAACUGCAAGGCUAAGGAGAGCACUGAACAAAAAUCUUGUGAGAUGGUCAAGUCAAAAGAAUGUGCUCCAGAAUAUGUAUUGGUGCAAGAGGAAGAGGAAUAUGGCUUAUGUCCUGAAGGUGACUCUGCUCAUGAGCAAGAAAAUCUUGUCAAGAAGCAAAAACUGGUAUGUAGAAGAAAUCCAUUUAGGAUUUUUGAAUAUUUACAACUCAGCUUGGAAGAGGCUUUUUUCUUGGUGUAUGCUCUGGGAUGUUUAACUAUUUAUUAUGGUGAGGAGCCCUUAACAAUUUUGAAGCUAUGGGAAUUUUUCAGUGAAGUGAAGCCCAAUUUUAAAACUACUUACAUGGCAUAUCAUUACUUCCGCAGUAAGGGCUGGGUCCCCAAAGUUGGACUGAAGUAUGGAACUGAUCUCUUGCUAUAUCGAAAAGGACCCCCCUUCUAUCAUGCAAGUUACUCUGUCAUUGCUGAAUUAGUGGAUGACACUUUUGAAGGUUCUCUUCGCAGACCAUUCAGCUGGAAUUCCUUGUCUGGCUUGAACAGAACAACUGUUAAUGCUUCUAAGGAACUUAUGUUAUGCUAUUUGAUUAGACCAUCUGAUAUGACUGAAAAAGAGAUGUCCACACCAGAAUGUUUGAAAAGAAUUAAGGUUCAGGAACUUAUUGUAACUCGUUGGGUGUCUUCCCGUGAACGUAGUGAGCAAGAUGACCUUUAACUGAAUGCAUAAGAAGAACUUAUUUUUUUAAUACAUUGCAUUUUUUAACCUGAUCUCACAAUGAACCAUUGCCUCAGAACAGUCUCCACCAACAUUCAGUUGGUGUGUAUAAAUGUUGUCUAAAAUUGAGGCAUAUCCUAUUUAGUGGAGAGAAUGUCGUAUUGAAAAAUAGUAUGACUGAGCUCUAAUAAUGCAUAUGAAGGGGAGGAAUUAAAGCUGUGUCCCAAGUCAAACUAC